AUGUGCCGUUUACUGGAGACCAUCGGUGUCACCAACUUCACGGUUCUGCUGUGCAGCAACCUAAACUUGAAACGCUCAGCGACCGAGCUACAAGCGCUGUUCUCGGCAGCGGACUACGGCUGUCGCAUGGGCCUGCAAGAAAUCAAAUCCCUGCGUCAACUCGCUACGCAAGUGCGCUUUGUUGGACAGCUAGAAACAAUUCCAACGGAGCUGCAAGCGAAGCUGGCACAGAUUGAGUUCGCCACUGCCGGUGGCAUGGGAAAGUGCGAUGUCACCGUGUGCGCAGCAUACAGUAGCCGCCACGAAAUCACAAGAAUGGUAAAAGACUUUGCAUGCGCCGUGAGAGAAGGUCGCAUGCAUCUACAGGACAUUACAGUUGGGCUGAUAGAGGACUAUCUCACAAUGUUCGACGGCCCAGAUGCAGAGCUGUGGUAUCGCAGCGCUGGGGAGGUGCGUUUCAGCGACAUUCUUCUUCUACAAAACGGCUACUCCUACAGGCACGUAGAGAAGAAGCAGUGGCCGUCCGUCAAUCACUGGGACCUGUUGUUGUCCGUCAUACAGUUCCAAAACAACUGGCUCAUGAUCAGUGCGGUAAAGAAGAGACAUCGAAGGCUGCACACUUCGAUAGCGACCGGGCAGAUCCCUCUGGGAUACAUCGUCAGCAAACCUUCUUGAGACGCGUGGAAGCGAGGAGGAUCUCGUACACUGAAAAACUCUCCACAGGGGUGGAAAUGUGCAUGUAAGGCGAACAAUGGUGUGAUUUUAUAGAGGAAAUAAAGAUGUGACG